AUGCAUCUCGUUCUCUCGCGCCUCGAGCCGCGGGACCUCGACGCCAUCGUCCCCAUGAUGUUCGAGUCAUUUCGCAAGAUCGAGCUGGCCAAUGUUUUCUUCGGGCGAAAGUCUCCUGCAAGUUAUGCAUACUCGAAGAGGACGCUCCUGAACGGCUUGCAGAAUGACCCUGCAGAUGUGUUUCUCAAGAUCGAGGAUCUGGACGCCGAGGUCGAUGUGAAUGUGCUUGACGAACAGGGCAACGCAAUUGCGACGGAGCGGAGGAAAAGAAUCGUAUGUGCGAGUAAUUGGAAGAUCUUCCCCACCUACGUGACCCCCAAGGAGCAGCAAGAAUCAACGAAGAACGAAAGUCAAACGAAUGGCGCGAAAGAACCUGCCUUUUCGUACCUCGAAACCGAGCAGGAGCAAGCUGAUGCCGCGUUCUUGAUGGAGGACUUCCUCACUCGCCGCCGUCGCGAAUGCACAGAAGGUCACGUCCUCUGUUUCUUGCUCUUCACAGACCCAGACUAUCAGGGCAAAGGGUGCGGCCGGAUGAUGAUGCAGUGGGGAAAUGAUGUCGCCGACACGCUGAUGCUGCCCUGUUGGAUUGAAGCUUCUCCGGAGGGCGAGCUGCUAUACAAGCAGAUGGGGUACGAAGGGAGGGAGAGGGUGAGGAUUCAGACGAAGAGCUUUUUGAGCGAGUAUCUACACAUGCGACGCCCGGCGAUGGUGGGGAGGAUCAGACUGGAAGGGAAGAGAACGUUGGUCAGAGAGCUGUUGGAAAAGUUAGAGGACGGGGGGGCAUGA